UCAUUUUGGCACCAUGGACAGCAACAGCACGCCGUGGAGCUCCAGCUACCCUCCGUCCAUCCACGCCGAGGCCCUAGUGACUGCGGCGCCCACCAUCUUCCCCCGGGUGGGCUACAGCAUCAUCUCCUUCCUCAUGUUCAUCAACACGCUGCUGACGGUCUUCAACAACGGCCUCGUCAUAACCGUGAUGCUGAGGAACCCGUCCCUCCUCCAGCCCAUGAACAUUUUCAUCCUCAGCCUCGCCGUGUCUGACCUCAUGAUCGGCCUCUGCGGCUCCCUGGUCGUCACCAUCACCAACUACCAGGGCUCCUUCUUCAUUGGACACGCGGCCUGCGUGUUCCAGGGCUUUGCGGUCAAUUAUUUUGGUCUUGUCUCCCUCUGCACCCUGACCUUGCUGUCCUACGAGCGGUACAACGUGGUGUGCAAGCCCAAAGCCGGUCUGAAAUUAAGCAUGCGCAGAAGCGCCAUCGGGCUGCUGUUCGUCUGGAUCUUCUGCCUGUUCUGGGCGGUGACCCCGCUGUUUGGCUGGAGCUCCUACGGGCCAGAGGGAGUCCAGACCUCCUGCUCUCUGGCCUGGGAGGAGAGAUCCUGGAGCAACUACAGCUACCUCAUCCUCUACACACUCCUCUGCUUCAUUUUCCCUGUUACAGUCAUCAUCUACUGCUACUCCAAAGUGCUCAAAUCCAUGAAUAAGCUGAACAGGAGUGUGGAGCUCCAGGGUGGGCGUUCCAGCCAGAAGGAGAAUGAGCACGCCAUCAGCAUGGUCCUGGCAAUGAUCAUAGCUUUUUUUGUGUGCUGGCUGCCCUACACGACAUUGUCAGUAGUGGUGGUCGCGGAUCCAGAGCUCUACAUCCCUCCGCUGCUCGCCACCAUGCCCAUGUACUUUGCCAAGACCAGCCCUGUCUAUAAUCCCAUCAUCUACUUCCUUUCCAACAAGCAGUUCCGUGACGCCGCCCUGGAGGUGCUGUCGUGCGGCCGCUACAUCCCCCACGGGCCCACCUCCGUCAGCAUCAACAUGCGCCCCUUGAACAGGGGGACCCGUCUGACUUCCUUGAGCAAGAGCGUCAACACGCACAGCAAGGUGCUGCCUCUGUGA